AUUGUUUAACUUUUUGGCAAAAAAUGUUUCAAGUUGUUCUUGCCCUGCUUUUAUUUUUUUAUUACUUGAAUGGCGGAGACUAUCAAAAAAUUGAUUUAUUGCUCGUCGUAUAGCUCUUGUUUUGCUAAUAAUCAUUUGUAAUUUGAUCUUAAUAAGAUUGGCAUAGCUCAAUAUUUACUUUAUUACAUAAAAUGUGUCGCAAUCGUGUUGUAAACCUGUAUAAAAAAUCUAAUUAAAACUACUUGUCAGACAAUCAUAUGUUAGUAAUUAGUGAUGUCAGUGUUUGUUUACUAAUGACAGUUUCUGUGAAAAUCUUGUUAUUUUUCAAGAUUUCGUUAUGAAUAUUCCGGAAUCGACAGGAGAGUCAUCGUGUAAACGACAAGAAAAUGGCGACGCAUCGGCAGGUUCUGAUCGCCCACUUAAAAAGGCUCGUUUCGCGUGGCAAGUUAAAGGGAAAUAUCACUUGAAAAAUGGUACUUCUGACCCUGGAAAACCCUCAAAUUCUACUUCGAACGAGUUAGACAGGGCUAGCUCGUCUUCGGAUAACGAAAACGAAUGUAUUGACGCCGUGGGUAACACGGAACAAAAUUUGGAAAGAUUAGGCGACUACUUAUUGAAACAGGAUUUUAAUACGCUUGACUCGGUUAUCACUGAUUCUGAGAGCUCGCUGUUGAAGCCAAGCACAAGUUUAUCAUCCGAGAAACUGCCUUAUCCUAGAUACGUGAGCUCAUUUGACAACAGCAGCUCUAACAAUAGCAUGUCCUCCAGUGCAAACAGUCAGGAGAACAGAUCCAUCCCCAUGUCCAUGGUCGUGUCGGCAUCCUACAGUGAGGACCAGUGUAUAGCGCGGUGGCAGGCCAGACAGAUGGCCAAAGGAUUUGUGGACAAUACUAUAAACCGUGUAUUGGAUUCAUGGAUGGUAGCCCCCCUGCCCACCGACAUGGACAACAACCGGUUCCUGGCCCUAGACGUUGCAGAGUUCAUCAACAACCUGCCCGGUGACAACAGCAUUGAAAACGAAGGCAUCCUCAUGGCCAUAUCUGCACACGGCUUACAAAACACUUCGAGCUCGAGUAGUAACGAGGAUAGUCAGAAUGAAGAGCAGGCCUGCAGCUACAUGAGCGUUAAAGAUGACGCCUUUCCUUCACCUCCAAGUAGCCCCAUACGAUCGGAUGAUGGAAUAAGAAAUGAACCCGUAAAACUAAAACAGAGUGAUGAUGGUGCCUCAAAUGAACUAGACCUGUCUUGGUACAGUGAUGACAAAAGAAAUGUAAAUAGUGAAACACAAUUUUCUUUCUUCCCCGAGUCUUCCACUUCGUCAUAUCAAUACUUCACUGAGUCGGAGCCGCUGCAGCCGUCCAGUAUUGACUAUGACGCAAGUGAGAACAUGAACUCUAGUGGUGCUGAUAUAAUGACAAGUCACUAUGACUUCCUAGAUGCUGCUGUUUCUUUUGCAAUACAAAACAAAGGACUGACUUCUUUUGGAUCAGAUUAUGGUUAAAUUACACUAAAAACCCCAUUAUUUCCAUAAAUGUCACAUAAAAACAUGGUAAAUGAGUAAAAUAUUUAUGUAAAUACUGGAAAAAUGUAAAAUUGAAGAAUAGUUCAAAACAGCUUUAGACUUAGAAGAGUAAACUGACAAAUAUGGUCAUGUAUUUUAUGAGAUUACCACAUUACCAUUUAUUUCUUGUAGUUUUUAUGACUUAAAUUUACUUUUACAUACAUAUUUACAUGGCCCCAUCCCCAUGCCUUCUCAGCCAUAUUUCUACAUAAAUAUGCCAGUCAAAACUUUUUUUUUUUCAAACUGCUGUCAGAUUACUCUUUCUGAUUCUAAAUAAAUAGCAGUAUUAGACAACUGGGGCUCCAUAUUUUUCUUUAUUAUUAAGGAUCCCUCCUCCUCGCGUCGUGUUCCUCAGGGUUCAUCCAUUAAUUACGUCACACGAAUUUCGAGGUUUUUUUACCCCUCCCCCCCUCCUUGUCACAUUUGGCAAACCCCCCCCCCCUGGUGUGACGUCACAUUUUUUCAAUGAAAUCGGCAAAUCGAACUAUCAUUAAUAUUGGUAAUUUUAUAACCCAAAACAGAUUAGGAAAGAAAAUUAAAUGAUUAAAAACGAUUAUCGUUCCAAUAACUUGUUAUUUAACUGUACAGCGAAUAAAAUAAUUUAAAUAAGUUAGUGACGUCACAAAGUUUGUGACUCCCUCCUCCCCCUUGUCACAUUUUCUUGACCCCCCCCCCCUCACUAAACGUGUGAUGUAAUUAAUGGAUGACCCCUCAUAGCUGAGGGUCGUAAAAUCCCCGUGGAAUCAGCUUCUCUUUCACGGUGUCCCGCCAUCUGUGCCUGUUUUUGGCAUCGUGGAGCGCGACGUGCAGUUGGGUGUCCGGGGUAGAAUGGACUAAUUAAGUACUAUUAUUAAGGAUAACUUAUAAGUUUAAUCCAACCAACAAUUCGUUUCAUUUCCUGACACUUUUUUUUAUGUUUCUCUGUUUUAUAUAAUUUUCUAUUUUUUUGUUUGUGCUCACGAAUAAUUUAUUUCUAUUCUAUUCUAUUAUUAAAGUAUUAAAGGUAUUUUUGGAGCUACUGUAUCAUACGGGCGUUCGAUAUGACAGACUGACAUAGGGUCUAUCAUACAACUACAUGGAAUAGUAUGGAGCCAGAGGCCCUAACGCGAAAAACGAAAAUCGUAAUAUUAUUUAUCUUUAUCUGCCUCUCUAUCACUCGAAUACGCAAGAGCGAUAUAGAGGCAGAUAACGAAUUUUCGUUUGGUAGGGUCUCAGAGAUAUUGUCAUUUUGCAAACCGACAAUAUUGUUUUAUUCUGUUUGCUAACUCAAUCACCAAGUCAUUAUAAUGAUCAGUUAAGGAGAAGAAAUUAUAAUUUAUUUGAGUACGGUCACUUAAUAUCCAUUGUAUUGUAUUACUUAUUAUUGCCCCACCUUCGUGGGAGAGUAAAGACGUUGCUUUCUAUUUCCGUAAAUUUUAAAAAUAAUUUUAUUUUAACGCAGUUGUAUGUUGUACUAGAUGUUAAUAUAAUGAUAGAACUAAAAAUAAGUUUCUCAGUAAGUUCAACUAAGUACAUGUAUAAAAGACUACUGUUGCAUUUUUCAAUUUUGAAUAAUUAUUACUAACUCUUAAUAUCAAAGUACAAAGGUUACAAAUAUAUUAAAUCAUAUCAAUUAUUUGACAGGGGUGUCUGAUUUUCUGGAUAAACUUUAAAAUAAAUGCAGAUGUUUUAGUUUUAUUUUUACUUCGUUGCUGUGUACUGAGAUAAGGUUCUGUCGGAACAUACAGUUACAGAAUUUGUGCUUUUUAUGCAAGUUAUGUUACAUAAUAUUUUAAUUGAUAUAUUUUGUCUAGUUAGUAUGCUUACAACCAUUUAUGAAAGAAGUUCAUGUAUUAACACUUCUGUAAUAUAGUUUUAGUAGAAAUGUAUGCCAUACUGACAGUGAAGUCAAUAAAUGAUACUCAAGAACUUU